GCGUGGUCCUGAGAGCUUGUGGUACCGGAAGGCCCAGGGGAUAGAUGGGUGGGUCCGGAGACCCGAUGCUCCUUGUCACUGGCGGUGUUGGGAUCCUUGUAAAGCCAUGGGCGCUCAGCCCCCCAACUUCUCGUGGGUGCUCCCGGACCGGCUGGCGGGCCUGGCGCUGCCCCGGGCCCCCGCGCACUACCAGUUCCUGCGGGAGCGCGGCGUGGCGCACCUGGUGUCGCUGACCGAGCGCGCCCCCCCGCACAGCGACAGCUGUCCCGGCCUCACCCUGCACCGCCUGCGCAUCCCUGACUUCUGCCCGCCGAGCCCCGAGCACAUCGACCGCUUCGUGCAGCUAGUGGACGAGGCGGGCGCCCGCGGAGAGGCAGUGGCAGUGCACUGUGCCUUGGGGCUGGGCCGCACAGGCACCAUGCUAGCCUGCUACCUGGUGAAGGACCGGGGCCUGGCACCUGAUGAAGCCAUCGCUGAAAUCCGGCACCUCCGGCCUGGCUCCAUCGAGACCCAUGAGCAGGAGAAAGCUGUGUUCCAGUUCUACCAACGCACCAAGUAGGGCCCCUGCCCCAACCUGGAUGGAUUUGCCUGAAGACCCAAGGCCCCUGCAGCACACCUAAUGGAAAAGGAGUGGCGGGAGCCCCAGGCAUGGAGACCCCCACUCCUGCCUUCUUAAUAAAUCAGUAUAAUCUCA